UGAUUAUUGAUUCGUCAGUGACAUAAUGAAUCUCUCUCUUGCAUUUGUGAUGUUAUUAAUUGCGUUUUUCAGAAAGAGGGAUGAGAAAAUAGAACUUUCGAAAUACCCCGAAUGGGAAUACGAUUACAUUAUUGUGGGAGGAGGAUCUGCUGGGUCGGUCGUUGCCAACAGGUUAUCAGAAAAUCCUCAUAAUAAAGUAUUGUUAUUAGAAGCGGGGAGCAAUGAAAACGAAUUUUCUGAAAUACCUGUUAUGAGUGUUGGUUUAUUAUUAACUUCAAUAGCAUGGAAAUAUGUAACGGAACCUCAGCAAUUUGCUUGUUUUGGUUACCAAGGCAGUUCUUCAAGAUGGCCUAGAGGAAAAGUGUUAGGAGGCACAAGUUCAGUCAACUUUAUGAUAUACAGUAGAGGGAAUCGACAAGACUACGAUAAUUGGGCUCGAGGAGGAGCGCAUGGAUGGAGUUGGGAAGAAGUAUUCCCUUAUUUCCUUAAAUCUGAAGAUAAUAGGGAUAUUAAUGUUCUAAUGAAUGGAUACCACGCUUCAGGAGGCUACCAAACAAUUUCUUCUCCGAAUUAUAUAACUCCUUUAGUAAAAGCAUAUAUGGAAUCCGCAUUAUUAAAUGGACAUACGAUGAGAGACUUUAACGGGCCUAUUCAAACAGGUUUUGCUUUUCCACAAGCAUUUAAAAGGAAUGGAAGGAGAUGUAGCACUAACAAAGCAUUUCUACAGCCAGUGAAAGAUCGCCCCAAUUUAACUAUUCUCCUUUUUUCAUUUGUUACCAAGAUUGUGUUUGACCAAUAUAAAGUUGCUAGAGCCGUUCGUUUCGAGCGUUUCGGCAAAUCUUUCAUCGUGUAUGCCAGAAAGGAAAUCAUUGUGUCUGCGGGUGUCGUUAAUUCUCCACAACUUCUAAUGUUGUCAGGAAUUGGUCCUAGAGAAGAUUUACACAGAUUCGGGAUUCCCGUUGUUUCUGAUUUACCAGUCGGAUAUAAUCUGCAGGAUCACGUAGUUACAUUUGGAAUGGACUUCUUAGUUGAUGUUCCUUAUACUUACCUUAUUUAUCGUUUUGUUAAACCAACAAAUCUUGCUCGAUAUGUUAAACAUGGAGAAGGAGUUUUAACUGUACCUGGAGGUUUAGACAUCAUAGGAUAUAUAGAUACGAAGUAUGCAAAUAAAUCAGAUGAUUAUCCCGAUAUCGAGAUAAAUUUUUACUCUUACGGUGCAGCAGCUGAUAGAGGGCAAUUUUUUCGUCAUGUUCUCGGAUUCAAGAAAGAGACAUGGGAACGUUGUUAUAAACCAUUUUCAUACCGAGACGCGUUUGGUAUAUUACCUAUUUUGCUCCGUCCAAAAAGCCGAGGGUACAUAAAAUUAAGGAGUGCGAAUCCUCAUGACCAUCCCAUCAUCCAACCUAAUUAUUUUUCUCGUUUUGAAGAUGUUCUAGUUCAAGUUGAAGCCCUGAAAGAAAUUCUCAGAUUAGGCAACUCAAUAGCGUUAAAAAAAUACGGAGCUCGAAUAUUUCCAAGAAGAAUUCCUGGAUGCGAAAAAUACGUACAAUUUAGUGAUGAAGAUUUGCACUGCAUAGUAAGAACUUUAAGUACGACGGGAUAUCAUCCGGUAGGAACAUGUAAAAUGGGAGCAAUUGAAGAUCCAACUACAGUAGUGGAUCCCAUGCUUAGGGUAAAAGGAGUAUCGAGAUUAAGAGUUGUUGAUGCAUCAAUUAUACCAACUAUCAUUUCAGGAAAUACAAAUGCUGCGGCAAUUAUGAUCGGUGAAAAAGCAUCUGAUAUGAUUCGAGAAAGUUCAUAUUUUUAUAACUAAUUUAGAAUAUCGUUUACAUUAUAUUCGAAAACUUUUCCUUAUUAAACUGAGAUGUGUUUUACUCUGAUAACGAGAAGAAACAUUGGUUC